AUGCUUGGCACGAUCCAAAUUAUUUAUGGGGGUGCCAAGAAGUUUGUUAUUGACGCGCAUGGAUCAAGACCGAAAGGGGUGAACCUUCCCCUAGUCGCGUAUAAAGCCCAGUUCAGGUAUACUGCUACCUAUGACCCUGCAAAUCUCCCCGACAAGACAGAAGCCGAGCAGUCGGGGACGAACAAGUGUGGAACUGAAAACUCGCAGAGCUCGAUGUGCCAGAAGUUUACGUCAACUCGGCUAGCGCCUGGCCGAGGCACUCGUCUCAUGCCUGAGGGCACUCUCAAAUCUGCCCAUUUCGUCAAGACCCCCGAUUACGUUCAAGUUACCGGUACAGGUGACUUACGAAGAUUGGUAUUAAGGCUGGCGAUGCAGGAGGGGAACUCGAUCCCCACGGGGCUGACAAACUUGGCAUCCCCACGGCGGCUUGGUUUUCUCAAUGCGUUUUCGGCUGGUCCGUCUGGACUCGGUGUCCAGAUGCACGAAUGGACCAACUUCCAGAGCGCUACCGACUUUUGCAUUCGCGCAUGCAAGGAUGGACCUGGUGCUAAGCAACGAUGCCAACAUAUUUAUGAUCUGACUGGCUGCGAGUGGAACAUUCCUGGUGACUAUGGCCAAGGCUUCACCAACUGUGAGGCGAAAGUACGAUUCCGAUGGGACUCUAUCCACAACCGGAUGGCUCAACCUCGACCUUCAGACAGGGCCAGGGCGCGACUCCUGCUCCUCACCCUGCCGGAGCCACCUCAAUGUGCACGACUCUCCAAUCGUUUGCUGUUGGGACCGCCACUGUUCGCAGCUUGCAGCAACUACCACAAACCCCUCAGGUACUGGAACCUGGGUCACUGGAACCCCAACUGCAUCAUCUGA